UUCCAAUUCGCUUUUGCUCGAGUGUGGGACGAGAUUUGUCCGCGUUUGCUUUUUAUUUUUGUUGUAGUCGCUUCGCUUGGUUCGUCGAAACCGUGUUUAUAUCUUUUACUUUUACCCCCGGUCUCCAUAAUAUAUCUAUCUAUCUAUCCGCACCAAGAUCCAAGAUACAAUAAUAAUAUCUUGUUGUUCCAAAAAGUCGUGUUUCGUAUUUAGUUUAUGGAAUAUUUGAAUCCCAUGGAAAUCUUAUAGAAAAAAAAUCGAUGUACCGCCAUAUGCAUCCUGCCAUCACCACCGCAUUCCUGUAGUUGUGUUUUUUAAAAUUCAGUGCAUCCUUAAUCAUGUAUAUUAACUCAGAAAGUUAUAAAUUUAAAAUAAUUAAAAGUAAUUAAAUGAAGUGAUCUUUCGGAAAGUGAUUCGGGUUUUUGAAGUAUUGCAAUUAACUUUGGCAUUGAAAAGUCAGUUGAAUUGAAAAAGUUGAGUGUAAAUGCAUUUAUAAACAACGAAAUUCUUAAAAGCAACAUUUAAGAAAUUUACAAAAUAAGCUGAAACUUGAGUAAUUUCAAAACAACCCAAGAUUCAUGUCGUGUCCAUAACAUCUUUAAUUAUUUAUAUAAAUAUCUACACUGCCAUAAAACCCCUAACUCAGGACAGGAACGACGUAAAUAUUAUAUAACAACCUCUAGACAUUAAACAAAAAAUAACAAAAGCCAUCUUGCUAUGAGCCCUGGUAAUAAUGAGGGACCAAAUACACCGUCAAUUUUAGAAAUCGAUUUAAAAAACACCAAAAAGAAAAAGUGGCUUAACAUGCAUCCCAAUUCGGGUCAGAACAAUGAAGCCACCGAUCAGCAUCACAACCAACGCAAUGGCAAGAGCCAUCCUCAUCAGAAUGAACAAAAUGGAACCAAGAAUGGCAGCGGCACAAAUGGCUACAAUAGUAAUGGCAAUAGUAAUGGCAAUGGCACCACAAAUGGAACAAACAACAUUGUGAAUGGUAAUAGUAAUGGUAAUGCUCGUCGAGAUUCAGGGCACGUGUGGACACCACUGCUGCAAACAGAAUCCACACCACCAGAUCCGACUACGGAGCUUUACAGUCCGAGCAACAACAACGAGUGGAAGGACUCGGAGGAGAUAAACAAUCUUAAAAAUGGCCUACACAUAACAAAGGGCAAUAAUAACGGCUCCAUGAUGAAUGGCAAGAACGGUCUGGGACUCUCGGACAAAUAUGACGAACAGGAUCCACUGACAGGUGGCCUCUAUAGGCCGCAGAUAAUUCCGACGCGUUCCGAUGAACUCAGUGAUGACGAAGGAGCCGGACUUCCCGAGGUGGAGUCUGGCUGUGGAUUGUUUGGCUUUCGGCCACGAUGGGCUCGAAAUUUCGCCUCGACUCACGUCUUCAUGGUGAUCUUCCUGCUGGCGUGGGUGUUGCAGGGGAUGUACAUGACGUACUUCGUCAGUGUGAUAACGACGAUUGAGAAGUUGUUCCAAAUAAAGUCGAGGACGACGGGACUGUUGUUGAGUGCAAGUGAGAUGGGUCAAAUCAGUACGGCGAUGUUGCUGACGUACUUCGCUGGGCGUGGUCAUCGCCCCCGAUGGAUUGCCUGUGGAAUGGUGGUUUUCGCGAUAGCCUCGUUUUCCUGUGCAUUACCACACUUCAUAUUCGGCAAACAGCUUAUGCAUUCAACAGCUUUUAUGAAUGGAGGAAAUGUGGGGCCAUCAUCGUCGUCCCAUGCACAUCAUCAUCAGCAACAUUUGCUGAAUUCCAGUGGACUGGAAUAUACUUUGAGCUCUGUGAGCUCGGACAACAGUUUGAAUUUGUGUCUGAUAUCGGCGAAUGGGACGCACAACUCGAACUCGGAUUGCGAAGAAGAUAUGAAGCUAGAACAAGCAUCACACUCAAAAAUCACAGUUAUUGUGCUUUGUAUUUUCUUUGUGAGUUUAUUGAGUUCCGGAAUUGGACAGACAGCAGUAGCGACUUUGGGAAUUCCUUAUAUUGACGAUAAUGUUGCCAGUCGACAGUCGCCGAUUUACAUGGCAAUUACGAUUGGAGUUAGGAUUCUUGGACCAACAGCUGGAUUCAUAGUUGGAUCGUUUUGCACGCGUUGGUAUGUAAAUUUCACAGUGCCAGGUUUUGAUGCUACAGACCCAAGGUGGAUUGGUGCUUGGUGGCUGGGUCCAGUCAUAAUCGGAAGUCUUAUGAUGUUGGCAUCCAUUGCGAUGUUUAGUUUCCCGAAGCAAUUGCAUGGGCGCCGUAUGCCAGAUAAAGCUUCAGAAAAAUCAGCCCUUGCUGAACCAGAAGAAAAACCAAGAUUAAGAGAUUUUCCAAAAACAGUACGCAGACAACUGAGCAACGACAUUUUAAUGUUCCGCACAGCGUCCAGCGUCUUUCACUUACUGCCAAUUGCUGGCCUCACUACGUUCCUACCAAAGUACCUCGAAACACAGUUCCGUUUGCCAGCAGCCGAUGCGAAUCUUAUAGCCGCCUUUGGUGGCAUCCUUGUGAUGGGAAUCGGAAUUUUCAUUUCUGGAAUUGUGAUCCUCAAAUUGAAGCCGACUGCCAGAUCGGUGGCAGCAUGGAUCGCCUUCACAGCAUUCGUAUACGCCUGUGGAAUGGUGGUCUUGAUGUUCGUCGGAUGUAAUAUGAAUGAUUUUGCUGGGCUUAAAAAGGACUCAAGUCAAACUUCGGCGAUUUUUGAGCCAACAUGUAAUCUUAACUGUACAUGUGAUAUGGAGAAAUUCUCACCGAUUUGUGGAAGCGAUGGAAAGACGUACUUCUCGUCUUGCCACGCUGGUUGCACGUCCUUUGAGAUGCGGGACAAUAGGACGGUCUAUUCGAAUUGCGAGUGCAUUCCUGAUGUGCCAAUCGAGGAGCGGGCCUACGAAGCCACCAGUGGAUAUUGUGAUAGCAGUUGCAAGAAUUUCAUUGCAUUCAUUUUGAUAUUCGCUGGUUGUGUGUUCAUGCACUCGACGUCAGAAGUUGGCAGUAUGUUGUUAAUUAUGAGGUGCACGCAUCCGAAGGACAAAGCUAUGGCAAUGGGUGUGAUACAAUCAGCUAUUGGACUUUUUGGAAAUGUUCCGUGUCCAAUUAUAUAUGGUGCAGUUGUUGAUUCAGCAUGUCUGGUGUGGAAAACUGUUUGUGGCAAGCACGGAGCUUGCUCGUUAUACAAUGUUGAAGCAUUUAGGCAUAACUUUUUGGGUAUUACUGCUGGCAUAAUGUUUCUAGCAUUCCUCAUGGAUCUUAUAGUUUGGUCCAAAGCACAUCGCAUUGACAUCACUCCCGAAGAAGGUGAAGAAGACAAAACUGAUCCUGAAUCUAUCAAGCCAAUAACAGCUCCAGACACAACCGUCUAAAAUGGCAUUUAAUAAAACAAGCAUUUUUUUUACAAAAAAAAAAGAAACUACAUUUAAUUUAUAUACGAAAACCAGCAAAUGACCUCAAGCCAUUGUUAAAAAUAUUAAACCAUACAAAAAACAAACAAAAAAAAACUUUAAAUCAAAAGAGAGAAAAGAACAACUUUAAAAAAAAAAAAAAACUAAAACUAAACAACAUUGCCCAAUUUGUUUAUUUUUUUAAUUAUUAUGUAUUAAGUAUAUAGUUUAUAUAUAUAAAAAAAUAUUAUUAAAAAAAAUAAUAUAGAUACAUAUAUUAUAUUUGUUAAAUGUAAAAAUAAAAAAAACGAUACAAAAUAAUCUCAAAACAAUAUAACAAAUUCAAUAAGAAACAAAUCACAUUAACAUACAAACAUAUAUUAAUUAAUAAAUAAAAGAAAGAAAAAUAGUUGUUUAUAUAUAAAGUCACAUUUAUCCAUACAUUUUAGUCUGUGAAAAACUUUUGUAGAUUUGUUUUUGUUUUCUUUCUUUUUUUAGAGAAUAUUGCAACCUGUCUGUGGUAGUUAAUUUUUAGUUAAAUAUUAUAGAUUUUUUUUUUGUUUAUAGUUUACUAUAACAUUAUUUAGUUUUACUUUAUUUUUUUUUGUUUUUGUUGUUUCAUAUAAAACAAAAUAUCAGUUUUCCUUAAUAAAUUUGUUUCCAUAAAUAGAUUUGUAUAACUUUCCAUUUGUGAAAGAAAAUCAAAUAAACAAAAUUAUAUUAACUAAAUAUUAUGUAAUUUGUACCUAUGUUUAAUCAAAUUUUGUAUAUCUAUGUAAUAAUGUAAGCGUAAGGUUAACUAAUAUAAAAUGUGAACGUACCUAAUGGAUAAGUCUUAAGCUGACAAAAAUAUUAAAUUUGAUAAAAAUUAUAAAAAAAAAAUGUGUUUUUAUUAUUAUUUCUUUUUAAAAUUUAAACACCAACAGAACAAAAUAUGAGAUAUUAUGUUUUAUCAGAUUUUAUGAUUUGUUUAAAUUAUUAAUGGAAAGAAGAGAAGGAUUAAUGUUUAAAAUGAAUGAAGGUAAAAAUGUAUUUGCAUUUAAGAGAGCUGUACAAACAAAUCUCCUCACACUAAAUCUUAAUGUUAAUGUUAAAAAAAUAAAACAAAAAAUAGCAAAACUAAAUAUAUUAAUAAAAUCAAUUUGAUUUAACACAA